CGGCGCGCUCGAUUACGACGGGCCGGAAAGCAGUGCCGCCACCAGCGCCGGGCCGCUAUGGGGAAAAUCGCGCUGCAGCUCAAAGCCACGCUGGAGAAUGUCACCAACCUCCGGCCUGUGGGCGAGGACUUCCGGUGGUACCUGAAGAUGAAGUGUGGCAACUGUGGUGAGAUCUCAGAGAAAUGGCAAUACAUUCGACUCAUGGACAGUGUGGCACUGAAGGGAGGCCGUGGCAGCGCCUCUAUGGUCCAGAAGUGUAAACUGUGUUCAAGGGAGAACUCCAUCGAGAUACUGAGCAGCACCAUCAAAUCAUAUAAUGCUGAAGACAACGAAAAAUUCAAGACAAUUGUAGAGUUUGAGUGUCGGGGACUCGAACCAGUUGAUUUCCAGCCCCAGGCUGGGUUUGCUGCUGAGGGUCUGGAAUCAGGUACAGUCUUCAGUGACAUUAAUCUGCAGGAAAAGGACUGGACUGACUAUGAUGAAAAGACUCAGGAAUCUGUGGGAAUCUAUGAGGUUACCCACCAGUUUGUGAAAUGCUGAACCAUCUUUCUGCACACCUGUCUCUAGGAACUGAGAAGGGACAUGUUCCAAGCAAAAGAGCCCACUGACACUGGCUUCCUCAUCCCUUGUCUCUGGGCAGCUAGCCCAGCCCUCACAACCUGCAUGCUGGGCUUUGUCACAGCUUCCCAAGCCUCAUCAAUAAAGCCCAUUUGUGCAGCAUUGGUGCCUGAAGGCAGUGUCAGCUAGCAGCCACACCCUCAACAAAUAAGAACUCGGGUUUGCUUACUGGUGCCCUUCUAAACUAUUAAAAGAUCUUGGCGCAGCAGGUUAAAAAACAGCACUAUGAAGCUAAAGCCACUUCCGCAUGAGUUCGAUCCCCACCCCAGAGGU